UAAGUGAGACAUUUUCUACAGAGAGGAGAGAGAGGCAAAAUGGCCAGUUCGGCUCGGGACCACCUACUUUUUGUGCGACGUCGCAACCCCCAACUGCGGUACACUUUGAGCCCAGAGAACCUGCAGAGUCUGGCAUCUCAGGGCACCAUGGCUGAGAAUAUGAAUUUACAGCGUGCCAACAGUGACACUGAUCUAGUGACCUCUGAUAGCCGCUCCAGUCUGACAGCUAGUAUGUAUGAGUAUACCCUUGGGCAGCCUCAGAAUCUCAUUAUCUUCUGGGAUAUUAAAGAAGAAGUGGACCCAACAGAUUGGAUAGGACUUUAUCAUAUAGAUGAGAACUCUCCAGCUAAUUUCUGGGAUUCCAAGAACCGGGGAGUGACUGGCACACAAAAAGGGCAAAUUGUAUGGCGAAUUGAACCUGGCCCCUAUUUUAUGGAACCUGAAAUAAAGAUUUGUUUUAAAUACUACCAUGGCAUUAGUGGAGCCCUCCGAGCUACUACCCCAUGUAUCACUGUGAAAAAUCCUGCUGUGAUGAUGGGGAUGGAAGGCACAGAGGAAGGUGCUUCUGGUCAGCAUUCUCGGAAAUUAGUCAGCUUUACGCUUUCAGAUAUUAGGGCAGUUGGGCUAAAAAAGGGGAUGUUCUUCAACCCUGAUCCUUACCUAAAGAUGUCGAUUCAACCAGGGAAGAAGAGUACAUUCCCUAUGUUUGCCCAUCAUGGUCAGGAAAGACGGUCUACUAUCAUCAGUAACACAACUAAUCCUGUUUGGCACAGAGAGAAAUAUUCUUUUGUUGCACUUCUAACAGAUGUCUUGGAGAUUGAAAUUAAAGACAAAUUUGCCAAGAGUCGUCCUAUCAUCAAGCGCUUUCUUGGGAAGUUAACCAUCCCAGUCCAGAGGCUAUUGGAGAGACAUGCAAUAGGAGACCAAAUUCUCAGCUACAAUCUUGGCAGAAGGCUCCCAGCUGACCACGUAAGUGGGUAUCUGCAGUUCAAAGUGGAGAUUACAUCUUCCAUUCAUGAAGAUGCUUCACCAGAAGCAGUUGGUACUUUGCUAGGAGUGAAUUCUGUAAAUGGAGAUUUGGGAAGCCCCUCUGAUGAUGAGGACAUGCCAGCCGGACAUCAUGACACACAUCCAGUUUGUUCAAAUGGUUCAGUUCUUGAGGAAUCUUCUGGAGAGGCAAUACCAAAGCAUCCUUUCAGGACUAGUACGACUCUAGAAACAGACCAGGAGGAAUUAACCUCUUCUGCUUCAAGGUCAUCACCUACCAGAGGUCGCCAGGACUCACUGAAUGACUAUCUGGAUGCAAUAGAACACAGCAGUCAUCCGAGACCUGGAACAUCUGGUGGCAGUGAGCGUUCACUUGGGGCCUCCCCAAAACUAAGGAGUAGCUUUCCCACUGACACGAGACUUAAUGCUAUGCUCCACAUUGACUCAGAUGAAGAGGAGCAUGAGUUGCAUCAAGAUAUGGCUUUUCAGUCUUCCUUGGAAGAAGAAGGUGGUUUAGUGAUGCUUAAUGGUGCUACAAGGAAUGUUGAAGAACAUUGUUCAAGUCAUUCAUCAAAUCAGGUAAUGCAGGGUUCAGCAGACAAUGGAAAAGUUUUAUCUUUUGAAACUGCUUUGCGGCCAUCUGAUAACCAGCAAGAGACUCUGCAAAGGCUCCCACCAUCAGACGUUGCAAUUGAAGGUGAAAACCAGCAAGACUCUCAAAAUGAAGUGCCAGUAGACCAGGCUGGCAGUGAAUUGUGUGCCUGUCAGGAGGCAGAACAGCCUACUAGCAGUGUGGAUACAGGAGCUAUUGACUCUGCUGUCGGUAGUAGAAGAGGUAUCAGUGAAACAGAAUCUAUUGACCAAGGGUCUGAACCUUCCCAGGUUUCAUCAGAAACUGAGCAGAGUGAUCCUGCUCGCACAGAGAGUGUUAGUGAGGCUAGUACUAGGCCAGAAGGGGAGAGUGAUGUUGAAGGAGCAGACAGCUCUUGUAAUGAAAGCGUGACCACACGGCUGUCUUCAGUUGAAACACGAUGUUCAUCUUUUGAAAGUGCCAGGUUUCCUGAGACUCCUGCCUUUUCAUCUCAGGAAGAGGAGGAGGGAGCUUGUGCCACUCAUGUGGCUAGAAGUGAGCCUGCUGCAGAAACACAGGAGACUAUGCGCUGUCCUGGCUCUUUACCUCUAGUGAGAUUACCAAGCACUCAAGAGGAGGGGCAGCUGGCUGAAGGAGGUAGUUUACAGGAUGGAGAGGAAGCAGAAGAGAUUUGGCAAAGGAGGAGGAGCCUGCAGGCUGCUGCUGCUGCAAGUAGCCAGUCCCAGGAUGAAGAAACUGGAGAUGCCCAGGAAGCUUGUGAGGGAGCAGCUGCACCAAUUGAAGGAGCUACUGGAGGUUCUCAAGCAAAUGGCCACCAAGCUUUGAGGUCACUGCCUUCGGUGCGUCAAGAUGUCAGCCGAUAUCAAAGAGUGGAUGAGGCUCUACCACCAAAUUGGGAGGCUCGGAUCGACAGUCAUGGAAGAAUAUUCUAUGUGGACCAUGUGAACAGAACUACAACGUGGCAGCGACCCACAGCUCCCCCUGCCCCACAAAUCCUCCAGAGGUCAAACUCUAUUCAGCAAAUGGAGCAGCUGAACCGUCGGUAUCAGAGUAUCCGACGAACAAUGACUAAUGACAGGCCUGAAGAGCACACAAACACUGUUGAUGGAGCUGGAGAGGAAACUGACCUCCACCCUUCUAAUGCAGAUUUUCGAAGGGAGAAUGUGCUGCCUCACUCUACCUCCAGGUCCAGGCUUACUUUGUUGCUACAGUCUCCUCCUGUGAAAUUUCUUAUCAGUCCAGAAUUCUUUCCAGUGCUGCAUUCUAACCCUAGUGCCUACCGCAUGUUUACAAACAACACGUGUUUAAAGCACAUGAUCACCAAAGUCCGGCGGGACACCCACCAUUUUGAGCGCUACCAGCAUAAUCGUGAUCUGGUGGGCUUCCUUAAUAUGUUUGCUAACAAACAGCUGGAGCUGCCAAGAGGCUGGGAAAUGAAACAUGACCAUCAGGGCAAGGCUUUUUUUGUUGACCACAAUUCCCGCGCCACCACAUUCAUCGAUCCCCGGCUUCCCUUGCAGAGUAGCAGGCCUACUAGUGCAUUAGUUCAUCGGCAGCAUUUAACCAGACAGCGCAGCCAUAGUGCGGGUGAGGUAGGAGAGGACUCCCGUCAUUCAGGACCACCAGUUUUACCAAGACCAUCAAGCACAUUUAAUACAGUCAGUAGAGCGCAGUAUCAGGACAUUGUUCCAGUGGCCUAUAAUGACAAAAUUGUUGCAUUCCUGCGACAGCCCAAUAUCUUUGAAAUUCUACAGGAGCGUCAACCAGAUCUCACCAGGAAUCAUUCACUCAGGGAGAAGAUUCAGUUUAUUCGAACAGAAGGAACCCCAGGGCUGGUGCGUCUAUCCAGUGAUGCAGACCUUGUCAUGUUACUGAGUUUGUUUGAAGAAGAGAUAAUGUCAUAUGUGCCGCCACAUGCCUUACUUCAUCCCAGUUAUUGCCAGUCCCCAAGAGGCUCCCCAGUUUCCUCGCCUCAGAACUCUCCAGGUACUCAGCGUGCCAAUGCCCGAGCUCCAGCUCCUUAUAAAAGAGAUUUUGAAGCCAAGCUGAGGAACUUCUACAGGAAGCUAGAGACUAAAGGAUAUGGACAAGGCCCAGGGAAACUAAAGUUAAUCAUCAGAAGAGACCACUUGCUGGAAGAUGCCUUUAACCAGAUUAUGGGUUACUCAAGAAAAGACCUACAGAGAAAUAAACUCUAUGUCACAUUUGUUGGGGAGGAAGGGUUGGAUUACAGUGGACCUUCAAGAGAAUUUUUUUUCCUGGUGUCCAGAGAACUCUUCAAUCCAUAUUAUGGUUUAUUCGAAUAUUCAGCCAAUGAUACCUACACAGUUCAAAUAAGUCCCAUGUCUGCUUUUGUGGACAAUCACCAUGAGUGGUUCAGGUUUAGUGGUCGAAUCCUUGGUCUUGCUCUGAUACAUCAGUAUCUGCUAGAUGCCUUCUUUACCCGGCCCUUUUAUAAAGCCCUCCUCCGAAUACUAUGUGACCUGAGUGACUUGGAAUACCUUGAUGAGGAGUUCCACCAGAGUUUGCAGUGGAUGAAAGACAACGAUAUACAUGAUAUCCUAGAUCUCACAUUCACUGUAAAUGAAGAAGUUUUUGGGCAGAUCACUGAACGGGAAUUAAAGCCAGGAGGUGCCAACAUCCCAGUCACAGAGAAAAACAAAAAAGAAUACAUAGAGAGAAUGGUGAAAUGGAGAAUUGAGAGAGGGGUUGUGCAGCAAACAGAAAGUCUAGUUCGUGGUUUCUAUGAGGUGGUUGAUGCUCGACUUGUGUCUGUAUUUGAUGCAAGAGAACUGGAACUGGUUAUUGCUGGCACAGCAGAAAUUGACUUAAGUGACUGGAGAAAUAACACAGAGUAUAGAGGAGGUUACCAUGAUAAUCAUAUUGUAAUUCGCUGGUUCUGGGCUGCUGUAGAAAGAUUCAAUAAUGAACAAAGACUAAGGCUGUUACAGUUUGUUACAGGCACCUCCAGCAUACCUUAUGAAGGCUUUGCCUCUCUGCGAGGGAGCAAUGGGCCAAGAAGAUUCUGUGUAGAAAAAUGGGGGAAAAUCACUGCUCUUCCAAGGGCUCAUACCUGUUUCAAUCGUCUUGAUCUUCCCCCUUACCCAUCCUUCUCCAUGCUGUAUGAGAAACUGUUGACAGCAGUUGAAGAGACAAGUACUUUUGGACUUGAGUGAUGAGCAAACCAUAGUGCCCAGCUUCUCGGACCUUUGUGGAUCUGGCCUCUCAAAGAAUGAAUGAACGUUUGUAUUUGAUUUCCUAGAGGAAAAUUGUUUUACAAUGCAGUUCAAGUAAUGAGAUUCUAUGAAUGGGCUUACGAAGCAAUUUACAAGCAUUGUGACAGUGGCAAAGUAUUCAACAGUAAGACUGGAGCAUGCCUGGUGUGCAGGGAGAACCUACAGUCUUGCAAUCAGCAGUUUUUUCUUGACUGCCAAACUUUUUACAUUUAUGUUUCAAGCAAAAAUUGUAUCCACAUAUGAUCAAUUAUGCGGUUACUGCAAGAACUGACAAAAUAACUUUAAACUAAAUUUCACCAAAGUCCUUGAAGGUAAAGUUCAAGUCAAAAUGUGAAAUCGUUCAGCCCACCACUAAAUUAGCUAAGUCAAACAAUAGAAUUCUUUUUUAAAAGAUUCCUAGAGGUACAUUACUUUAUGCCCUAUACUAUAAUAGAAUAUCCAUUACUUGCUAUACCUAAGGGUACGACUGCCUGCAUGGUGCGCACCAUAGAUGUCAGCUUUCUGGGGCAAAUGCAAAUUUGAAGAAACGUCAGCAACAAGCGAUAUCUCAACAAUGGCUUGCAAUCAGGAGGUUUGUGAAAAUGUAUAUGCAAGUGGCGUGUAUAUGGCAAAAGAUGAGCUCUCAUAAAAUGAACUUAAAAAUGACUGAUUUUAUGCUUCGUACUGCAUGGAAACUGUUUUUAAAAAACUUGGCAAUUUAUCACAGCAUAUCAGGAAAAAAACACAGUGACUUUUGUUUAUUUUUAUAGGUUCAUUAUAUUAAGUUACUUAGAGUGUAAAUAGGAAACUAGCAAACUAUUUCUGUUCCUUUCACUUUCCAUGCUUAAAACAGACAUUGUGCUGGUGUUUAUUCUUUAUGCACUCUCAAGGAAAAAAUGCCUUUUAUUUUUAUAAGGGUAAGAAAUUCCCAAAAAUAUUUUGCACUGAAUGUACCAAAGUUGAAGGGACAUUAUGAUCUGACUGACAGAAAACUGCAUCAUUCUUACAAGUAUCUAGAAAACAGCUUCUUAAGAACCAAGCUUCUUCACAGUGCCAUGUCUGUAGAUAUCAGGACUGUGCACAUAAGUAAUAAUUUUGUAAGACUCACUGUAUGUGAUAUUUUAAUAUGCAUUUGUUUUAAAUGCAUUUAAUUAAUUUUGCAUCCAUCAGGUAAACUUAAAGGUAUGGAGUUUAAUACAGAUGUUUCAUAUUUUCCCUGCAACUUUAAUUUGUACAGCACCAUAAAACACUAUAGCUUAUUUGGAAAAUCAUGGGCAACACUUCCAGAUUACACCUCUAAUCGUAAUGAAACCACUCUCCCUUAUCAGUGACCACCUCCAAGAUGUAAAAUGUUCAUAGUGUCUUUCUAAACCUGCAUUUUCACUGAUAAGUAUUUUUCUUAUUGAUGUUAAUUAAAAAAGAAUACUUUUGUAUGGUAUAUCAAAAGAUGCAUGAAUACACCAAUUUAAUUAUGUUAA